CCUCCGCCGUCUCCUUUCUCCGCCUGCAUCCCCGGGGGGCAGAGUGUGGGAAGAACGAAUUUCCGCCCGGUUUGCCCGCCACUCGCCGACUUGGGUCCCUUCCGGACGCAGUUUGCACACCCCCGGCUCCUCCCCCGGCUGUUCCACCGAGGCAGCGCUCCUGGUCCGGGACCCAGAGCCCGGAGGCGCGGGCGGCGGGGGCCGAGCAGCCGGGGCGCAGCGGCCAAGCCGCGCCCCGAGGAGCUCUUGGAAGGGCUCCCGCCUGCAGCUGGGGAAUCCGCUCGGCGGGGAGAAUCCGUGCCAGGGAAUCCAGCUCUCCGGACUCCGCUGCAAACAAAAAGCUCAGGUCUGACUCCCUUCCCCCGACGCACACCGGGAGAAACAGUUUUGUGCAGAAAUGCAACAAGUAGCACCCGGAGUUCCCGGAGCGCUCUGCGCCGCCUGACUUGGCUGGGCGAACCCGCCUUCAGAGACCCCGGCCAGCCGCCGGACAAAGGGCGGAGGAGGGGCCGGACCGCGCUGCGAAGUCCGAAAGAGGCCAUUUAGCGACUCUGGCCAGGCCAAGGGGAAUGCAGAGGAGACACAGAGCAGGCGGGCCAAGAGGACGAUCCGGCCGCAGCACGCAGGACGGGCGGCGAUGGAGGCUGCCCGCGCCGUGCGCUUCCUACUCGUGGUGUGCGGCUGCCUCGCGCUCCCGCCGCGGGCCCAGCCCGUGUGCCCAGAGCGGUGCGACUGCCAGCACCCCCAGCACCUCCUGUGCACCAAUAGGGGUCUCCGCGCCGUGCCCAAGACCAGCUCGCUGCCGAGCCCCCAGGACGUGCUCACCUACAGCCUCGGCGGCAACUUCAUAACCAACAUCACGGCCUUCGACUUCCACCGCCUGGGGCAGCUCAGACGGCUCGACCUGCAGUUCAACCAGAUCCGCUCUCUUCACCCAAAGACCUUUGAGAAGCUCUCGCGGCUGGAGGAGCUCUACCUGGGGAACAACCUCCUGCAGGCGCUCGUCCCGGGCACGCUGGCCCCGCUGCGCAAGCUGCGCAUCCUCUACGCCAACGGGAACGAGAUUGGCCGCCUAAGCCGCGGCUCCUUCGAGGGCCUGGAGAGUCUGGUCAAGCUGAGGCUGGACGGGAACGCCCUGGGGGCGCUACCGGACGCGGUCUUCGCCCCCUUGGGCAACUUGCUUUACCUACAUCUGGAGUCCAACCGGAUCCGCUUUCUGGGCAAGAACGCCUUUGCCCAGUUGGGCAAACUGCGCUUCCUCAACCUCUCUGCGAACGAGCUGCAGCCCUCCCUACGCCACGCAGCCACCUUCGCACCGCUGCGCUCCCUCUCCACCCUCAUCCUCUCGGCCAACAGCCUCCAGCACCUCGGGCCGCGCGUCUUCCAGCACCUGCCUCGUCUCGGCCUACUCUCGCUCAGGGGGAACCAGCUCACACACCUCGCGCCGGAGGCCUUUUGGGGGUUGGAGGCCCUACGCGAGCUGCGCCUGGAGGGGAAUCGGCUGAGCCAACUGCCCGUGGCGCUGCUGGAGCCUCUGCACAGCCUGGAGGCGCUGGACCUUAGCGGGAACGCGCUCUCAGCUCUGCACCCCACUAUCUUUGGCCACCUGGGCCGUCUGCGCGAGCUCAGCCUGCGCGACAACGCGCUCAGCGCCCUCUCCGGAGACAUCUUCGCUGCCAGCCCGGCCCUCUACCGGCUGGAUCUAGACGGCAAUGGCUGGACCUGCGACUGCCGUCUGCGGGGCCUGAAGCGCUGGAUGGGCGACUGGCACUCACAAGGCCGUCUUCUCACAGUCUUUGUGCAGUGUCGCCACCCCCCGGCCUUGCGGGGCAAGUACCUGGAUUACCUGGAUGACCAGCAGCUGCAGAACGGCUCUUGUGCGGAGCCCUCGUCCUCAGUUUCCCCGACCGCCGAAGACCUGCGGAGACCCUUAUCUACAGCCACCAGGGAGGAGGUGGCGCCCCCUGCAGGUGGCCUCGCGGAGGAGCUGCCGCCGCAGCCGCAGCCACAGCAGCGCGGGCGAUUUCUGCCCGGGGUGGUCUGGGACGGGGCAGCCAGGGAGCUUUCAGGCAACCGCAGCGCCCUGCGGCUGAGCCGACGGGGCCCGGGCCUCCAGGAGCCGGACCCCUCCGCCGCUGCUGCCGCGGGCCCGGCGCCACACCCUCUGGACCUGCUUCAGAAGCCCGAACGGGGACCUCCGACUCCUGCAGAUGCUGCCCGUGCGGAGCCCACCCCGACGACCGCGCCCGUCUCUGCGCCGUCGUCCGCUGGCGACCCCUGGCAGCGCGCGGCAAAGCAGCGCCUGGCAGCGCAGCAGCAGGAGAGCGCCGCCCACUCCGACGGCGGGGUUGGCCUGCCGCCGCUGGUGUCUGACCCGUGCGACUUCAACAAGUUCAUCCUGUGCAACCUGACGGUGGAGGCGGUGGGCGCCGAUAGCGCCUCGGUGCGCUGGGCCGUGCGCCAGCACCGCAGCCCCCCGCCACUGGGCGGCGCGCGCUUUCGCCUGCUCUUCGACCGCUUCGGCCAGCAGCCUAAGUUCCACCGCUUCGUCUACCUGCCCGAGCGCAGCGACUCGGCCACCUUGCGGGAGCUGCGCGGGGACACCCCCUACCUGGUGUGCGUCGAGGGCGUCCUCGGGGGCCGGGUCUGCCCGGUGGCCCCCCGUGACCAUUGCGCUGGGCUGGUCACCUUGCCAGAGCCUGGGAGCCGGAGCAGCGUAGAUUACCAGCUGCUGACCUUGGUCUUGCUGGCCGUCAACGCACUGCUGGUGCUCCUGGCCUUGGCUGCCUGGGCGUCACGCUGGCUGCGGAGGAAGCUGCGGGCCAGGCGGAAGGGUGGGGCCCCUGUGCAUGUUAGACACAUGUAUUCCACCCGACGUCCCCUGCGCUCCAUGGGCACCGGCGUGUCUGCCGACUUCUCUGGAUUCCAGUCCCACCGUCCGCGCACCACCGUGUGUGCUCUCAGCGAGGCGGACCUCAUCGAGUUCCCCUGCGACCGCUUCAUGGACAGCGGGGGCGGCGGCACCGGUGGCAGCUUGAGGCGGGAAGAUCAUCUCUUGCAGCGAUUUGCUGACUAGAUCCAGAGCCUCCAGGGGUGUGGAAACCUUCUCUUUGGCCUUGAGGAGCCACUUUCAGUGGAACCCCUCAACCCGCCUCAGGGGGAGAUCUCAUUUUAUCAGAGCCUCUCCUUUCUCCCCUUUGUGCAUUUGCCAGACAAGCCAAAGGGAACGCGAUUCGGCAACCCCUCCUCAUCCCCAAUUCCCAGUACCCACUCAUGAAGUGAAUGGGUGGUCCUUGGUGGUCAAGGCCAAGAGUAGGGGACAAAUGGAUGGUGGAGCUCAGAGGUGGGAAGCCUUCUUCUACGUGGAGACCUUGGCACAGCUGUGGAAAUGGCGUUUGUAGCACUGCAGUGCAAGAGCCUGUCCCCCUUUGGGGUGGAAAAGGGUGCUUUUGCCCCCCAGUACGGCCAGAAAGAGAUUUGGGUGCAUGCUUUUAGUUUGUUCAAUGUGAAACAGAAGAGUUUUGUUCUAUUUAAGGAAAAAAGGAAGUUAUUUAGUAUUACACAGGAGGCUUGGCAACUUGACUGCACUGGUCUGAUGGUCUCUGCCAAGAAGGUAGAUGUUGUAAACAGGUGGUAAAGUUUAACACACUCACCAAGGAACUCUUUUAUGUUGGUUAAUAGAACAUUCAGGAUAAUUUAAUGUUUAAAUAAUUAGAGACACUAUUUUUUUUCAGCAAUGUGAAGAUCUCUGCCAUUUAACAAACUUACAAUAAACUCAAGGACUAUUUUAGUUGAGCUGAGUGGUUCAACUCAUUUUCUUUUUAACAUUAACACCGCAAGAACAUUUGCUGACCUUGGGAUUAACUAAGAUGACCUACUUUCUCAGGAGAAGGCUGUGCACAAGACUUCUCUGUCAGGGUUGCUCCUAGGCUUUUUCCUUUUAUUUUUCUAAACCUAUAUAUGGAAAAGGAAAUUUCAGUGCCAGACUUGAUAAAAAGAAUGUAACUAAUGCGUGCAUAACCCGUGACCCGGCAGGGAGCAGCAACCUUCUAGUUCACUUAACCGCAUCUCUGACAGUGUGUCCAGAUUGGAAUAAAUAUGAUUCGGUACUUCUGAUGUUUUUAUCAGUGACAUGCAGUUGACUGUGCCCUGCUUCUGCUGGGUUGCAUAGUUAAGCGAUAAAGGUAAUUUCCUAAUAGCAGGGAAGCAAAAGGUGUUAGUCAAUUGAUAGUGCAACACUCAAUCACACUAAUGUGCUCUGUAUAAAAUAGAGGGGAAGAAACUAUUGGGAGAAAAUGUGAAAAAGCGUACAUCAACGGUUGUCUGUUUCUACUAAAACCAGAAGGUUGUUAGGAGUACUUAAACCUCACUGUGAAGUAAUUAUAUAUUUUGCAAGUUAAUCCCUCCACUACCCAGUGUGUUACCACUUUAUUAAAUCCUAUCUUUUAGUUACUAAUUGCAGUAUUUCUUUUAAAAUGUUUUUUUGUUUGUUUGUUUUAAACUUAGGAUUAGGCUCCUUUAUUAGCUCCAUUGUUUUCAACUAUUUGGGACACUUCGGUUCCCUGAUAUUUAUGAAGUACAUGUUUAUCGCUAAGUGUAGUGCUUUGGUUUACAUUAACAGUUUUGUGUGUGGUCUAAAAAAGCGGUCCCAGAGAAGAUCUGGGUUAUACUCUCCGUGGCAGUGGGGUGCCUUGGGUGGAGGCGACUGCAAUGGUGCUCAGGCUAACAGCGAAUCUUCUGUUUAGGGCCUUACGCCCCUGAUGGUCUUGAUGACUCAGGGAAUCUAUCCUAGUCCGGGGGUCCUUCCCCAGCGCUCUCCUUUUAUGUUUGGUCCGUUGAGCCAAGCCUGCCCUUGGCCCAGCAGCUGAGCAGGGACCCAGGCAUCUAAAUGAACUGAUUUGUGUUUAUGUUCAGAUGAGUAAAUGUCCAGACCACUUAAAGUACAGCUGCUUCUCUGACAGUUUUAUCUGUGGGACCAGAACUUAACCCACCACCGGAAAUAGGCUGUCAUUCUUAGUCUGCUGCCGAGCCUCGUGUCAGAUCCGGAGCCUAUUAGGACACGGGAGAGGAGUCAUUGUUCACUCUAUUUUGCAACCUUUGGGCUAUCUUGCACCCCCUGGUGCCUCUAGUUUUGUUUAUUUGUACAGAGAUGGCAUCUUUUAGCUGUUCCUUUUGCACAGCAGUGAAAUAUUGAGCCCCACUGAAAGUCUGGAAAAGACCUCCGGAUUGUCCCACCACCUACCCUUUCAACUUGCAGAAGACCACUGAAAACACGUCACGGAAAAACAGUAAAAUCUAUGUAAAAACCGUUCAACUGGAAAGUCUUUCAGUGGGAAAUGAAUAAAUGUUAUACGUUAUUAUGUUCAAUUAUGUCAAUAAACCCACUUACUAACGGAGAUGUUUUAUUGUUGGAGUUUCCAAAUAUUUUAUACACUUUCAUAAUGAUCUGCUGUGGUUUUCUACCAGCAGUUGUCAUCAAUGACAAUGAAAUGUGAGCUUAAAUUCCAUCUAUCCUCAUUCAGUGGUUAUUAAUUGCCAUUUCUAUGGUAGAGUACGAACUUUAAUUUUCAGAAAUAGAUAUGUGACCUUGUGCCCAGAGAAACAAUACGGGGACGCUAAAAGCGAUGGUGAGCUGUGACAUAAAAACGCUGUUAAUAUCCCAGUGAUAGCAAGAUGAUUGGGUCUCAGCAGGCAUCAACCGUUUAAAGGAAUGAAUCUGAAUUAAAAGUGAAGCCCUUUGACUCCCUUGGUCAAUAAGGAGGAGCUAUCUUGAACUGGAGGGCAUUUUUGCCAUUACAAAGUUUAUGAAAAGAUAAGAUUCCUAAGAAAAAAGACUAAACUUUGUGUCAGGUAGGAGUGGCGCAUUGAAGCAGUCUGGAAUGUGGUUGGACCCUCUGCUCCACCUGUAGUAAGAUUAUUACUUUCAGAAGACAGAUCGUUGGGCUGUCCACUGCCUGGUAAUAAUGGCAUGUGAUCAGAGCCCCUUUGCCAAUCUGCAAAGGCCUGGUUUUCACCAGAAGUACAAUAUGGGCAGAUAGCCCUAUAUUAAGAAACCAUUAAAAUAGACCCUGGUAUUACUUGAUAUUGGUACUUGGCCACUCCCCAAUCUUCUUCUGAAACUUAGAAAUAAGUGACAAUGAAGCAGUCUAAUGCCAGAAAUUUGUCAAAAAUCGAGGCUGUGACCCAGGAUUAAAACAGAUUUCAAUUCGCUGUGAUACCUUCGCCAUCUCAGAGAAUUACAGGAUCUUUAAAGUUCAGUAUGAUUCUAGGAAGCAUGGAAAGCUUGUCCGUCAUCUAGGACUGCAUCUGUUCUAGUACUGUAAUCUCUUUGUGUCUCCGUCUCUGCAUCCGGUAAAAUGCAGAUCCAGAGUCCUGCCUGGACAGUGCCAUUUUGAGGAAUAAAUCAGUAAAAAAGCAUUUGACAGUCCCGGUCCAUUGGCAGAUGUUCAAAUAUAUUAGAUGUAUUAUUAGUAGCAUUGUUUUGUGCACAGGGCAACAAAGUGUUGGAAGAUACAUUUUAGAAAUGUCUCUGCUGAACAAGGCAUUUCUGCUUAAGCCCUAACUUAUCAGAAAAUUCAGGUAAUGAAAUUCAGUGAGCCCUCCCUUUGUUCUGGUUCACAGAGGCUCCUCUGAAAUUGAAUAUGGAAUUGAAUUUGGAAGCUCUUGAAAUCCUUGUAAUUAUUUUAUUAUUUUUCUUUCUCAUUAUUAAAAAAGUGAAUAUACUA